ACCCUAAACACCCCGACAGAUACCUCACACUGAACACCCACUCACUCUCUGAGGUCUUUCCCCUUCUUUAUCUCUCACCUGUCGCCACCUCACACGAGCAAAUCUCCUCCUCCCGACCGAGAGAGCUGUCUCUAUGCCCCGCCAGCCAUGUCCAGACUCCUCCUCCUUCUCUCCCUCCUAAUCCUCUGCGGCCACGUCCACGUCCACGGCCGCUACAACCUCCCCGACCAAUCCGAUCUAAUCUCCGAUGGGGUCCGCCAAUUCGGCACCUCAUACUCAUACUCACCGAACUUUCUCACCCUCCACCGCCCAGCCUUGAACGCCGACGACUCCACCUGCGACGAGACGUACGGCUUCUUGCCCUGCACCACCACCAUCCUCGGUAACCUCUUCCUCAUCAUCGUCUAUGGCGGCCUCAUGUACCUGGCCGCCACCUACCUCACCAAUGGCAGCGAGCUCCUCCUUGAGAUUCUCGGCCCCGGAAUCAUCGGUGGCCUCUUCCUCCCCAUUCUCGGCGCUCUUCCCGACGCCAUGCUCAUUCUCGUAUCCGGACUUUCUGGUAGUACAGAAACAGCUCAAGAUCAGGUUUCUGUUGGAAUGGGCUUGCUAGCUGGUUCGACUGUAAUGCUCAUAUCAGUAGUAUGGGGUUCAUGUGUUUUUAUUGGCAAGUGCGAUAUUGAGAAUAAUAUUGCCGUAGAUAACAAAGAUACUAAAAAGUUGAGCUUAACAGGUUCUGGUGUCACUACUGAUACCCUGACUAGCUAUUCUGCAAUAAUUAUGGCUGUAUCUGUCAUCCCAUUUAUUGUUGUUCAACUACCACAGCUCCUCAGUUCCACCUAUUUAAGACAGUUGGCAAUUUUAAUCGGACUAGUUCUUUCUCUUGCACUAUUGAUCUCCUACUGCAUGUAUCAGGUAUUUCAGCCAUGGAUCCAGAGGAGACGCCUUGCUUAUGCAAAGCACAAGCAUGUUAUAUCAGGACUUCUAAAACAUCUAAAGCAGCGUGCAUUGGGAAGGCUUCUUCACGAUAAUGGUGAACUCAAUCAAGAAGUUGUAAAAAAGUUAUUUGACACAAUUGAUACAGACACAGAUAAUCAUCUUUCACAUUCUGAGUUGAGAGCACUGAUUGUUGGAAUCCGGUUUGAUGAAAUAGAGUUGGAUAAGGAUGAUGCUGUAGAUAAAGUGAUGAAAGAUUUUGACACUUCUCAUGAUAGUCUGAUAACGCGUGAGGAGUUCACAAAAGGUGUCCAAAAAUGGCUUAAUGAGGCAAAACAUGCAGGAAACUCCACUUCUUACUCUGGUAGUCACACUGAGAAAUUUUUAAAUGACUUCCAUGAGCAAACAAAGAAAGAGCAUGAUCUUUUUGUGAGGGGGGAAGAGCAAAGCGAUGAGGUUGUCGAGGGUGUUGAUAAUCCCAAGAAAACCUCAAUCAAAGCGGGGUUGAUGUUGUUGGCUGGAACUCUCAUUGCGGCUGCAUUUGCUGAUCCCCUGGUAGAUGCUGUUGAUAAUUUCUCAGAUGCCACAAGCAUUCCAACUUUCUUCAUUUCAUUCAUUGCACUACCCCUGGCUACUAAUUCUAGUGAGGCUGUAUCUGCGAUAAUCUUUGCCAGCCGUAAAAAGAAAAGGACUGCCUCGCUAACGUUUUCUGAGUUGUAUGGUGCAGUAACCAUGAAUAACGUCCUCUGCCUGUCAGUAUUUUUGGCCCUGGUUUAUGUUAGGGGAUUAACAUGGGACUUCUCAGCUGAAGUCCUCGUCAUUGUUAUCGUUUGCGUUGUGAUGGGUGUUUUUGGCGGUUUACGCACCACCUUCCCUCUUUGGACAACGUCCAUCGCUUACCUACUUUACCCGUUCUCCCUGGUACUGGUUUAUGUUCUGGAUUAUAUUUUUGGCUGGUCAUAGACUCUGGACGUUAUAUGGAUUCAUUAUUCACCCUGGUACUGGUUUAUGUUCUGGAUUAUAUUUUUGGCUGGUCAUAGACUCCGGAUGUCAUAUGGAUUCAUUAGGUUGCUCAUAGUUUUCAACUUUUCAUUCUGUUUGUAUCCUAUAAUUUCUAUGGUCUUUAAUAAUAUUACCGUUGUGAGUAGGCAUUCAGUUUCGUUAGCAACUAGUGAGAUGUAUCCUGGUACGUAUAUUAUCAUCCAAUUUUCUCAAUAUAUGUAAACGGCUCAUUUAGAUA